GCACACACCAGUUGGGCUAAUCUUUCUUAGCUACCUAACAGCGAAGAGCUAACCAAGCUCGAGCUCGCCGUGGAAUGGAGGCCGAGAUGUACGUCCACCACGCCGAGCCCCUCAGGGCGAACACUGCCACGUGCAUCCCGAGGCUGCGCGGUGGCGGCGUCCGGCGUCGGCCGCCCCGUGGCGCCGCUCCGGCAUCCACGGCGUCGGCGUCCGUGAUGGACCGCGUCAGGGACGUCCUGCUGCGGCUGGCGAUGCUGUCGGCGGCGUCCACGUCUCCUAAGGCCGGCGCUCGCCUCCAGCAGCACACGAUGGCUGCGGCGCCGACGAGGGCGGCGUCCGUGCGCAUGAGCCCCUCCUACUCCGAGUCGUACCCGAGCGACGCCGUGGACGACUGCAUCGAGUUCCUGAAGCGGUCGGCGGCCGGCAAUGGCGCCGUCGUCUCUGCCCCGGCUGGAGCCGCCGCCGCAGAGUCAGUGAGCUCGGCCCCGCCGCCGUCGCCGUUGCACGCGUGAUCUGCAUGCAUGUGACGUGCCACUAGCUGGAAUCUUAAUUAUUCUGCAAGAUCCACUCAUGAGUUGGUGUGUGUUUGACUGUUCGUACAUGUGGAUGUUUGUUGGGUGGUGGUUGCAUGCAUGUGUAGUGUGGUAGAUGUUGGCGUACGUGUUGGAUGUAUAUAACCAAAGUUUUGUGCAAGUUUAAUUACCCCAACUUGUCAAGUGGAGUUACAAUAUUGCAUGUAUC